AUGGCAGGUCGACAAGAUGGCAAUGCCAAUCUUCUACACAACCUAUUCGCUUCUACGGGCUCCACCGGCCAACAACCUCAACAGCAGCAGCAAAACAACAACUCGAUAAAUGGCAUCCAGUUUUCUAGUGGAGUUGCUGUUGGGUCUAAUCAGGCUGCUCUGCAGCAGCAACAGCUUCUCUUACAACAACAGCAGGCUAAUAGACUGAGUAAUGCUCUCACUCAGCUCAUUCAAGCAAAUGGCCUCCCUGCGAAUCUCAUCCAAAACAUGCCACUCGCUCAACAAGUUCAGCUGUUUCAGUCACUACAACAGUCGCAGCCGCAACCUGUGCAGCAGACAUUGGAUUGGAGAGGCACCCUUUCUGCUUCUGAACGUCAGAUUGUUAUCAACUCGCUUAUAACUACCGUUCGGAAUGGUAUGCCUGAAAAACAACGGAACGAGCAAAGGAUUAACGACUUGGCUCGUCAAGUGGAACAACAGAUCUAUGACAAGGCUACCAGCAAGGAGGACUACUCUAUGAAAGUUCAGAACAAAGUUGCCAACAUUAGUCAGAAACUGACGGUACAAGGACAAGCACAGGCACAGCAACAAGCAUCUGCUGCUGCCUUGCAGGCCGCUCAGCAGGCUCCUGUACUAUCCUCCAACGAUCUGCUAAACCCAGCAGUCUUGGCAGCACAAUUACAACAACAGCAGCAACAAUUACAAGCUCAAGCAGCUCAGCAAGGCUUGACUGCUCAACAGCAAUUAAAUAUAUUACAACGUAAUGCCGCCAGAGCAGCCAUGACACCACAACAGCAACAACAAGCUCGAUUGUUGGCCGCUGCUCAAGGUGCUUUACGAGUACAGAAUUUGUUGGAUGCUGGCCAGACUGUAGAUCCUAGACAACAAGCUGCUAUACAGAGCUUUAUACUGGCCACUGGAAUGCAGCCUCAGCACUAUUUGCAGCAACAUGCGGGACAGUCUGCACAACUGGCUCAAUUGAUGCAACAACAGCAACAGAAUGCCCAGUUACAACAGAAUGCACAAUUGGCUGCUGCUUUACAAAAUCAACAGCAGCAACCGCUUUCUCUGGCUUCCUUGGGAGCUGGGACCUCUAAUGUAGUAUCCUCCGCGCAACAACAAUUAUUACCUCAACAGCAGCAACAACAACAGCAACAACAACAACGAACAAACAAUAAUAAUGCCACGAACAAUCGACCUAAUAAUACAUCUACAGCACCAAGAACAACAAACCAACAGUAUCGACCUAGUCCGAAUGUAACUUCAGUCAAUGUUGGUACCGUCAAUGCAGCUACCUCAUCUGCUGCUGCUGUUGCUGCAGUAGUCAGUCAAGUACAGGCACAGAGUCAGCAAGUCAUUAAUAAUAAUAAUAAUAAUGCUAUGAAUGCCAACAAUAAUGCAGCUGCAAAUGGUGGUGUUGCUAAUGGUAGUAUUCGAUUGACGGAAUGGAGUCUGUCUCCUGUGGAGUCGCAGCAAGUUAUUCAGAUUAUGCAAGAGCUUCAACCAUUAUAUGGCAAGAUUGAUGAAGUCAUAAAGAUGUUUCCUCAGAAUGGUGACGCUGGUCGAGACAAGAUGACUAAAAUCAUACAAAUGAAACGUAUGAUGAAGGAUCAGUACGAGGGAUUGCAGAAGCCUGUUCAAGUGUUUUACUUGAACUCAUUCAUGGCAAAUCAACUAAAAACCAAUAUGCAAAAGUUGCUCCAAUAUGUAGACCAGUAUAAUCUGAAGAGUGGAGGAGGAGCGGCUCUACCAUCACCAGCGCAAACACCAAUAAUGCCACCAAACCGAAAUAUUCAACAAGUAUCCACGCCACCAGCACAGUCUGCAGCAUCGCCACCUCGUAUACCCGGAAAUGUAUCUAGUAGUACCAAUCAAGUUGCUACGCAAGCUCAGAUGUUGAUGGCUCAAGCACAGAUGAGAUCAAUAGGGAUGCGACCUCAAAUGGGCCAACCGAAUGCUGCUGGUGGUCGAACAGGACAGCAGGUACUACCUGGUACACCGCCUGCCAUAGCCGGUAGACCAGCAUAUCGCCCUGCACCGCCACCAACUCAAGCAGUCAACAAUACCUUCUCAACAUCUAGACCAUCACCGUCUCGAAAGACGAGCGAUGGUAGUCAAACAAUCAUACCACAGGUGCAAACAGGUGCUACUCCACCGCCUAUUUUGGGUACUGGACUAGGCUUCUCUGAUCGGCCAUUCUUGUCACAAGCUAAACAGGUUGAAAAGGCAUUACAAAAUCAUGCAGUAGCUGUUGCUGGUAUGCCUCCAGCACCGCAAAUGACUCCAGCUACCGAUAUAUCAGCUACUCCACAAUUACAAAACAUUGGCCUAUCAAAGAAUGGUAAAAUGUACGAAGAUGCUACGCAUUAUCUAGGAGAGAUGGGCGAAGAUUUGAGUCGUCUAGUCACCGAUCCAACCGCUUACGGUGCCAUGAUGACGGCACAGUUUGGAAGCUUGUCUGAACGUCGAGAUGGAUGGGCUACAUCAUGGACGGAAGAUUUAGAGCAGCUGGUUAAUGGGCCGACUACCACCGGACAAGAUCUCCUUAAUGGUCUUAUUGGCAGUAGUAGCGGUAGUACUAAUAGUAUUGAAGGUAUUGCUGAUGUUGAUGCUGGGUUGCCAUUGAAUACUGGCAAGGGAUGGGGAAUGGGCUUCAUUGUUGAAGAUGAUGAUGAGGAGGAAGCAGGAGGAGAUAUCCUUUCUGCCAAUGGUGAACAUGUAAAUGGUAAAGAUGAGGACUCUGUUCUAGUUAAUCUUGAGGAAACUUUGAAGGAUGUUGAUGAUUUGACGGCCUUAGGAGGUCUAGAUGGUCUCUCUCCGCCCCCGACGCCCAAAAACUAUCAUGGGUUGGAAGAGUCGGAAGGUCCGCUAAGGAAAAGGCCACGACAGCUAGAGGCUGUAUAA